AGCGUCACACACCCCGUAUACUUCGUUCAGAUUUUCCUAAGUUUGAUGGUGAGAAUCCCAAAUGGUGGAAGAAACAGUGCGAGAAAUAUUUCAGGAUGUAUUCAGUCCAAGCACAUUUGUGGGUGGAUUUUGCUACGAUGCACUUCAUUGGAAAUGCAGCACUGUGGCUUCAGACAUAUGAAGCGAUGCAUAAUGUUGAUUCUUGGGCAGAACUGUGUGUAGCUGUUUUCGCCAAGUUAAACAAGCACAAGUACUCCAGACUCAUUGAUGUUUUCUUUGCCUUGCGUCAAGAUGGCUCAGUGGAUGACUAUGCCCAUGUGUUUGAGGAGCAUAUGCACAAGAUCUUAGUCUACAAUCAGUCCUAUGAUGAGAUAUUCUUUGUCAACCGGUUCAUCGAUGGGUUGAAACCUGAGAUUCGAGCACCAGUGAAGCUGCAACAUCUCGGUACUGUUGAUUUGGCUUAUACUUUUGCCCAAACACAAGAAGCUUUACUGGCGGAAGAUAUUUCUCGGAUGACUAAGAAGUUUGAGCAUCGAAACAAGAACAAAUCGUAUAUUCAUCAGGGGUUGUUGGGGGCUAGUCCUACUGAUCAGAAAGUGGAGGACAAAGCCAAAUGGUCUGAUAAAAUGGAUAAUCUGAGAGCGCAACGGCGUGCUCGUGGUGAGUGCUUUAAGUGUGGGGAGAAGUAUGGACCAGGCCACAAGUGUCCCAAAACAGUGCAGCUCCACGUCAUGGAAGAAUUUAUCUCUGCUCUCCAGUUGUCUGACAGUUCCGAUUCAGAAACUGAGACUGAAGAAGCAAAUGCUACGGCGGGACAGAGUGAGUCAGUCAUGCAGAUAUCAGUUCAAGCAGUGAAUGGUACGUCAUGUAAGGAAAGCAUUAAACUGCAAGGUAUGGUUGGCAAGCUCCAUUUACUGAUUCUGGUGGAUUCUGGCAGUUCCAACACGUUUAUUAGUCAAAAACUGGUUCAGCAAUUACAGUGUCCUCUUGAAGCUAUACCUACUGCUAAGGUAGCUAUUGCAGGAGGGGGAACAUUACAGUGCACACAUCAAGUGUUGAAUUUACAGUGGUGUUGUCAAGGGUACACUUUCACUAGUUCAUUAAAGGUUCUGCCACUGGAAAAUUAUGAUAUCAUAUUGGGUAUGAACUGGUUGGAAGUAAUGAGCCCAAUGUGGGUCGAUUGGAAGUUGAAAGUCAUGGAAUUCCAACAUGAAAAUACAAAAGUUACUCUCAGGGGUUUAAGAGAUAACACUGCUUCUUGUCAGCCUGUCUCUAGAAAGAAAUUAAGAGGGUUGUUAAAUACUUCAGCAGUGGAUCAUGUCAUUCAGCUUUAUCACAUUUCUCCUAGCAGAGAUACUAUUGCCCCAAUACCUGAAGCAGUGCAGCACAUCUUGGAUAAACAUAAGGCUGUCUUUAGUGCACCCACUGAACUUCCUCCUCACAGGUCCUUCGAUCAUCAGAUUCCAUUGCUUCCGGGGGCUACUUCAGUGAAUGUUAAACCCUAUCGUUAUAGCCCAAUGCAGAAAACUGAAAUUGAAAACCAGAUUGUGGCUAUGUUACAGCAGGGGAUUAUGCAGUGCAACUCUAGUUUGUUUGCAUCUCCUGUCUUACUAGUAAAGAAAAAGGAUGGAACUUGGCGGUUUUGUGUGGAUUAUAGGCAUCUAAAUGCUAUUACCCUCAAGCAUAAAUAUCCUAUGCCCAUCGUGGAGGAACUUCUGGAUGAACUGGUAGGAGCAAAAUGGUUUACCAAGCUCGACUUACGGUCUGGAUACCAUCAAAUUAGAAUUGUUCCUGGUGAAGAACAUAAAACAGCAUUUAAAGUACACCAUGGCUUGUAUGAGUUCAGAGUCAUUCCUUUCGGGUUGACCAAUGCACCUGCUUCCUUCCAAGCUGCUAUGAACAAAUUGUUUGCUCAUCUACUCAGGAAGUAUGUGCUUGUCUUUAUGGAUGACAUUCUGAUCUUUAGUGCCACUUUAGAAGAGCACCUCCAACACUUGCAGGAAGUGUUUCGAAUCCUGCAUGAAAAUCAGUUUUAUGUCAAGAUGAGCAAGUGCUCUUUUGCUCAACAGGAAUUGGAGUAUUUGGGCCACAUUAUCAGUGCUGAGGGAGUGAAGACCGAUCCUGCCAAGAUUCAAAGUGUGCAGAAGUGGCCUACUCUUACAAACAUUAAGCAAGUCAGAGGGUUUCUGGGCCUGACUGGAUACCAUAGGAAGUUCAUCAAAGAUUAUGGGGUCAUCAGCAGGAGUUUAACCGAACUGUUAAAAAAGGACAGCAUCUUUUUGUGGACCCCUACAGUGGAGGCUGCAUUCCAGCAAUUAAAAUUAGCUCUGUCUCAAUCUCCUGUCUUGGCGUUGUCGAACUUCAGCAAACCUUCACAAUUGAAACAGAUGCUAGCAACUGUGGAGUGGGAGCAGUUCUAAUGCAAGCUGGACAUCCCCUAGCAUACCUUAGUAAAGCAUUGGGGCCCAAAGCUCAAGCGAUGUCCACAUAUGAAAAAGAGUGCUUAGCAGUUCUUAUGGCCGUGGAUAAGUGGAAAUCCUACCUCCAUCAUGCCCCUUUUGUCAUUAGUACUGAUCAUAAAAGUCUGGUCCAUUUGCAGGAUCAGAAGAUCACUAGCCCUAUGCAGCAAAAAGCCUUGCUCAAACUGAUGGGAUUGCAGUAUACUGUGGUCUAUAAAAAAGGUCAAGAUAAUACAGCAGCUGACGCCUUAUCCAGGGUUGCAGGAUCCCCUGCAGUGUACACCAUAUCCUUUUAUACACCUCAGUGGCUAGAAACAGUUGUGGAAGGCUAUUUGCAAGAUAGUAAGGCAAAGGAACUCUUAACUGAACUCAGUUUGAUAGGAACAAAUUCUAAAGGAUUUGCUCUGCAUAGUGGAGUCAUU